GUUGUACAAGGUACCUGAAGGCAGCAGAAGGAUACGGAUAUGACGCGAAGGAUAUUGCGUAUUGAUGACACAUUUCAAAAUGGCGGCGCUGGCGUCCUUGAUGCUGAAGUCCAGAGCAAGUCUUCUGGUUUCCAGUGAGUCCCAUCUGCUGGACUCGGUGAGGUUUGCGUCCAAGAAGGCCGGAGGCAGCUCAAAAAACCUCGGAGGGAAGAGCCCUGGCCGGAGGUUUGGCUUUAAGAAAGUGGAUGGCAACUUUGUACAUGCUGGGAACAUCCUUGCAACACAGAGGAAGUUGAGGUAUCACCCUGGAGCUCAUGUUGGCCUGGGAACCAACAACACCCUCUUCGCACUGGAGGACGGCCACGUCAGGUUCACCAAGGAGGUCUACAUCCCACCGCCCCGGGACCCCGAGGUCACCCGCGUCAUCACCAAGCUGCCUAAAGGAGCCGUGCUCUACAAGACCUUCAUCAACGUGAUGCCAGUGAAACAGGAGGGCAAAUUCAAACUAGUGGACCUGGUCUGAAAGAGCUGGAGUGCAACGAGGACUUCGUAUUUUUCUUUUAGGCCGAGCAACAGAAAACAGCAAAGUCAGUGGACUGACCUGACUCCUAACCUGGCUGCUGAUUAUACUGACGGCUCCAUCCUGAUUCGUCAUAAAGCUGAACAUGAUUAACAGAGCCUUCUUCAGUGUCUUUGAUACAUUUCCUGUUGCAUUCAGAACUAAUUCUCAUUAAAGAAAAUGAAGUUAGUCUGUUACUAAUGUGUUUAUAAUAGAUCCUGAAAAUCACAGAUUGUUGUGCAUGAGAUAGAUUAGUUGGAUGACACAGCUGAUCAUCUUCUGUGAUAAAGUUUAAGUAUGUCUUAUAGUGAAUGAAUUUGCUUUAUUUUUUUUGGUUGGAGGUGUGAUUAUUCUUUUUAUCCAGUCACUGCAAGUUUUUAAGCUGUUGCUUAAAGUCAGGAGUUUGAUUUUAAAGAACACAUGUACUGUUUUUUUGGACGGGGCAGGGUGUUGCAUUCUUUCAUUUGACCACCGGGUGUCGCACGAUCUUUAAUUCACAACGUAAUCAUUUCUUUCCUUGUACCUGCCCUUUUACUGUUGCAAACUCCGAACAAAUAUGUUGUGAGUAUACUUUUAGAAAUAUUCAGCCUAUUCAGAGACCAAGAACUGGUGAAUUUUAGAAUCUUACUGCUGUUUUUGUUAAACCACACCGUCUUUC